AAAACACUCGUGGUUGGCUUUUGCAGCUUUCGGUGACCUGUGCCCAUCCUAAUAGUGCUGUCUUCCAGGCACAGGGCUGCUUCACUGGAGGUUUUGUGGCUGGAAAGGGAAGCUGGCACGUGUGGGGAUCAGCGGUAAGAUGCUCAGGGCGGGCAGCCCCCACUGGUGGCCUAGAGCAUCUGCCAUGUCAGCCCCAGUGCUGGAGCCUCCUGCCCUGGUGAGGAGCCCUGAGGAGGGGCAGCGUGGUGGCCAUGAGCCUGGGCACAUCCUCGCUCAGCUGUCUGCAGCCCUGGAGAACCCGGACAUCAAAGCUUUGAAGUGGUCCAAAGACGGGCAAGGUGUCCUUGUCCACACCAAGCUGUAUGAGGAGGAGAUGGAGAAGAACAAAGAGCUCUUCCCGGAGCUGGUGGAUCUCGGCUGCGUCACGGCGCUGCAGGCCUGGCUGCUAGCCUAUGGUUUCAAACUCAAGGGGACAAAGGUCAACUCAGAAGUGCUCCAGUUGCAGCACCCUGAUUUCCAGAAGGCACAUCCCACCACCAAGGAGCCAGGCACCCUCCAAGGUGACAUUGGCCUCUCUGCCAAGCAGCAGAGGAAAAGGAAGAAAAAGAGACAUGCGAGCAGCCUGCACCCUCCCAGAGGGGCCAAGUCCCAGGACAUGCUGGGACAACUGCCACGUCUGCGACCCUUGUACCAGUACAUCAACUUAGACAUGACAGAGCUGAUGCACCCAUCACCAGAAGAUGAAGUCCCAGAGCUGGCACAGCCAAGCCAGGUCCCUGCAGCCUCCAGCAGGGCAACUGCUCCACAGCUGGAAGAUACCUGGGCCAGCAGCACUCCGGAGAUCCCAGCCCCAGAAGCAGGUGACAAAUCCAUGCAGGUUGAUAUUGAUAGGAUGCUCAGAUAUGCAGCUCACCUGGUGCCACUGCUCUUUCCUCAGUAUAAAUAG